AUGCAGGCGAUAGUAUCUGAGGUCGGUAUCCAUGGUGUCAUUCAUCCCCUGCCGAAAAGAAGAGGCAGUAGGAAUCAUGCCUUCACGCUCCGCUGCAGGUAUGCACUAAUUAUUUGCGAGGCUGCAAUGCAACCUCACAGUAACCCGCACGCGAGAGAGAUAUAUCCGACGUUCGUCAUUCUCAGUAUUUUAUUGCCUUUGUGUAGAUAUGAGAUUGAACAACCUAGGAACUCAAAGAACCGUUUGACACAAAAAUUAUUUCUUCAAUAUUUUAUCUCCAUCAUUGAGCAGACCUUUGUGAAUAUGUUUAGCUUUAAAUGGAUGUCUGCAAAAAUACCCUAUUUGAAUCGAGGGGAAGAGUAUACGUCUCUUCGGAAUGGAACUUCUUCACCUAGUGAUGAGUGCGAAGUUGAAGACAAGAUUCCAUUAUAUUUAGGGACAAUUCCACCCAACGCAAAAAUCUGGUCGGCUCUGGAGAUUUUCUGUUAUAUUACUUCUUCUUGUCACAAAUGUGACUACAUUUGCCGCUCUCUUUUUCACACGACAUCUUACUAG